AGGGAAGACGCAUCCCGUAAUCAGGUCACAUUUCACUGUAGUCUCAGCAUCCGUUUCUCGCGCUUUACAGCAGAGGAAUCGGACAUCAGACAGGCGGAAUAAUGGUGUGGAUGAAUGAUCUGGGAUGUCUUCUCGUCCCGUUGCUAAUGCUCGUGCGGGUUUCCAUGCAGGUGGACGUAAAGAACGGUAAAGAAGCCGAGAAAACAGGGAAUUUCAUGGAAGAUGAACAGUGGCUGUCCACCAUUUCCCAGUACAGUCACAAGAUCAAGCACUGGAACCGCUUCAGAGAUGACGAUUACAUCAGAUCAUGGGAUGAAAAUCAAGGCUCAAAUGAAAAUGUUGAUACCACUAAAGAUCCUUGCCAGAAGGUGAAGUGCAGUCGACACAAGGUGUGCGUUGCCCAGGGCUACCAGCGUGCUGUGUGCGUCAACCGCAAGAAGCUGGAGCACAGGUUAAAACAGCAGGUCAUAAAGCAACAGCAGGAAAGCAACUGUAGGUCCUGCCCGGUGUCCUCUGCUGGCCCCGUUUGUGGUUCUGACGGUCACAACUACGCCUCACAGUGCAAACUGGAGCAGCAGGCAUGUCUCACAGGGAAGGAGCUGAAAGUAAAAUGUGCCGGUCUCUGCCCCUGUACCGCCACCGCGGCACCUACUACAGACACGGACAGCAAACAUGAGAGUUGCACAGGGCAGGACCUGGCGGAUCUAGGCGAUCGCCUGCGGGAUUGGUUUCAGCUGCUCCAAGGCAACGGCAAGCAGAACAACACAGGGAAUCCUGCAGCCAGCUCGGCAUCAAUUGUGGAUCGGACUCUUGUUGCAACCUGUAAGGACUCUAUUGGCUGGAUGUUCUCUAAGUUGGACACAAACAGUGACCUGUAUCUGGACCAAGCUGAGCUGGCCGCCAUUAAUCUGGACAAGUAUGAAGUGUGCAUACGGCCCUUCUUCAACUCCUGUGACUCUUACCGCGAUGGCAAAGUUUCCACAGCCGAGUGGUGCCUCUGCUUUUGGAGAGAGAAGCCUCCCUGCCUGGCUGAGCUAGAGAGAAUCCAAGUGCAAGAGGGAGCCAAAAAGAAACCGGAUACAUACAUACCCAGCUGUGAUGAGGACGGCUUUUACAGGAGACUGCAGUGCGAUAAGAGUAGAAGGGAGUGCUGGUGUGUGGACCAGCAUGGAGGAGAGUUAAUGGGCUCCAGAAUCCAUGGCAACCCCGACUGUGAUGAGAUGGUCACGUACUCGGGCGAUUUCGGCAGCGGACUCGGAUGGGAGGACGAAGAGGAGAAGGAGGUGGAGGAGAAUGGCGAAGAGGCCGAGGAGGAAGAAGGGGAGGUGGGGGAAAUAGAUGACGGUGGAUACAUUUGGUAGAUCGUAAGAGAUCCGCUUUGUUCGACGUAGCUUUCUGUGGCCCAUCACUACAGAGGCAGCUCUAUCUUCUGACAUUUAAUGGUGGACACUGGAGGGUUGAUCAUCUUUAUACUGCACUCCAAACAGCUUUGAGUUAGGGAGGGGGUGGGGAGGGGUCGCUGGUUAGUGUUAGCUGUAGUGAGAUUAUUGGCAAAGAGUGGGUUUAUGAAUACUUGUGAACCAUCAUAUUUUUUGUUGAAUCAGUCUAGCAUCCGCAAACACGAGCUCAGAAUUAGGCGCUUGAUAGGUGUGAUGUGAUGCGUUCUUAUGCAACAUGAAAACAUACUUUUAUCACUAUACACUUGGAAAUUUGGUUUGUAAAUUGUUCGAGGUGCAGAUAGACAGGUUUUGGGUCCAACCAGGUUGCUUACUGCUUCAUUAGAUCUUUGUUAUGUUGGCUUUGGCUUUUUGAGACUGCUGCUGUAAUGUCUUUGCUCUUAGAGUUCACGUAAAUUGCAAGUUUCUACUUUCUACAGAUGGUUUAGCUUGUAUGAGCACAGCAACAAAAGAUUACUACUACUACUACAAAAAAUACAACUCUAGAGCUAAGACUGUUACUCUUCAUCAUCAAUGCAAGAUCUGAACAAAAUCAGUAUCUGUAACACUUUUCAUUAAAGCAGCCUUUGAAGUAGAUAUAGUCGUAAAUGUCUUAAGAUGAGGUAGCCUUCAUUAAUGUAUUUGAACUUGUAUAUGACGUAUUUCUCAGCAGUCACAAACUGCAACAGAUUUAAGCCAAUUGCGCCCGAAAAUACACAAUGCACUUCUACAAGAUGAUCCGUGUCCUAAAGGCACUGUUUUUCUCUCUUUUGUGUAAUAAUCCGACCGAAACCAGAGUCUGGUAAAGCAUUAUAUUUUCAUAUAAACUAUGUCUCAACGCAGUAGCUUUCUUUCCCACAAACCCCAAAAAUGUCCAAAUCAUUGUUUUCUGUUUUGCAAUGCACAGUAAUAAAUCCUGAGAAAUGUGCUUUUUGGUUUCAUAUUUCUAUCGUAAUAGAAUUUGCUUAUACUCCACUAGGUCAGGCUGUAAUACGGUACCUCCGAGGCGACACUGCUAUUAUAAUAAGGCAGUAUAUGGAUGAACAUGAGAGUCAGGAAUGCCUUUUUGAAAAUGCAUUUCGACAUAUUCUCCUUCAUAUUCCCGAAGGGACCAAUCUGUCUUUGCAGAUGUCUUCUAAUCAGAUCUUCCCAUCAUUUGCAGUGAAAGAUGACUUAGCUGUAAUGUUGCAAGGUGUAAAUCCGGUACUGCAAGGAUUUAUAAUCUAGGUCCAAAUUUAUAAUCUUUAACAGACUGAAAGUAAAAUAUGGAGUACAAUCACAGCAAGCUGGCUUUACAGGACAUUUCUCUUUAUUCCACUUAGAGUUUCACUUGCUAUGAACUGUAAAAUGUAUGAAUUAUAGACUCGGUCUGGUAUGCUAAUUUACUCAGAUUUGGUUUGCGAGCUCCGAAUAGGGAAGAGAAAAUGCAUUUGAUACGGUUACAUCCAAACAAGUAAACAUAUUCAUCAACGUACUGCUGCUGCUUUUCGUGCCGCACAUAAAUCCUCUAAAAAAUAGAAAUGUCAGCGAGACAAAGCUUGAGGAUAUUUAAAUUACAUCUGGAUUAUCAGAUAACGUCUCUCUGGUUUGAUCGAGUGGAUAGACGGCCUGCUCAUUAAAAGUGAAUUGUGAAUGUUCUGAUGUCUUACUCAUCAGUGUACAGGAGUCUGCUAACAGUGAUGUUAUACCACUUGGACUAGUGUAUGAUUGUAUUGUACUGUACAUGCCAUUAUUAUUGUAAAUACUUGGAUUUUACUGAUUAGAAAACACUCUAUUUACGCUGAGUUGCCGUAUAUUUGCAUUUAGUUGCAUGUUUCUUUGUCUGAUUGUCCUCUUUCUUGCCUGAAUAUGAUUAAAGGCUCUGGGCCCUAAACACUU